GGAGGGAUAUAAAUACAUGUUCUUUGAGAAAACCCUAAUCAAAGCGUCAUAUCGAGGAGUAUUGUUUCUCUAUCUUCGGCAGAGGCACUGAAGAAGCAGCCAGCAAAUAGGCGUCGAAGAUGAAGUUCAACAUCGCAAAUCCCACCACUGGAUGCCAGAAGAAGCUGGAGAUUGACGAUGACCAGAAGCUCCGUGCAUUUUAUGACAAGAGGAUCUCACAGGAGGUCAGUGGAGAUGCUCUAGGAGAGGAGUUCAAGGGGUAUGUGUUCAAGAUUAAAGGUGGGUGUGACAAGCAGGGUUUCCCAAUGAAACAGGGAGUGUUGACUCCUGGUAGAGUGAGCUUGUUACUCCACAGAGGAACAUCUUGCUUCCGUGGAUAUGGAAGACGUAAUGGGGAGAGGAGAAGAAAGUCUGUGAGAGGAUGCAUAGUGAGCCAAGAUCUCUCUGUUCUCAACUUAGUUAUUGUGAAGAAGGGAGAUAACGACCUUCCAGGAUUGACCGAUGUUGAGAAGCCCAGAAUGAGGGGUCCCAAGAGGGCAUCCAAAAUCCGCAAGCUGUUCAAUCUUUCCAAGGAGGAUGAUGUUCGCAAGUAUGUGAACACAUACCGCAGAACAUUCACAAACAAGAAAGGGAAGAAGGUUAGCAAGGCUCCUAAGAUUCAGAGGUUGGUGACACCAUUGACAUUGCAGAGGAAGAGGGCGAGAAUUGCUGAUAAGAAGAAGAGGAUUGUUAAGGCUAAGUCUGAGGCUGCAGACUAUCAGAAGCUGCUGGCUAGUCGUUUGAAGGAACAGAGGGAGAAGCGUAGCGAGAGUAUGGCUAAGAAAAGGUCCAGGCUAUCAACUGCUUCUAAGCCAUCCAUUGCGGCUUAAGAUCUAUUUUGAAAUUUGCAGGAACUUUGUUUUUCUAUUUAAGUUACUGGUUGAGACUGAAUGAACCAAUGAUAUCUGAUAGCCAUGAUCAGCCUUCAUAAUCCUUGUUUUAAGUUGUGUUGUUUUUUUGUUCUACACACUAUUUUGACAAUUUUGAACUUCAAUUAAAUUUGAUUUCCUGAA